CAAUAGAAUGGUCAGUACAGCUAUUGUCGACAUGAUGGCCCAUUGGGUCGCCAAAAAAGUGUCAACUGAGAACGUUGAUGCGCAAGUUACCGUCGUGGGCCUCGAGUUUUGGAAUGAGCUCGAAAAGGCCAAGAACCGGACCUAUUACUCUUCAUCACCAUCGCCGCGGUUCCUCAAUAAGCUGGAGCAGACACUACGUUCGGAAAACCGCCGCUUGGUCUUUCCGGUGUUUUUGGCAAAAGAGAAGCAUUUUAUCGCAAUGCAAGUGUGCUGUAAAGAGAAUACUAUAGUUAGUGGUAAAUCUACACAUUUGCAUCAUCUUAAGAAACAAAGACUGAACCAGACCUGCAGGUGAUAGCUUGUAUCACCAAGGCUUCAUAGUCCCUGCCGAAAUCGUGCGCAAAGUGCAGUGGUGGGCGGAGGCGCGACUGGGGGGAACAUUCAAGUGGAUGGGUGACACCCUGUUCCACGCUGAUCAACCCGAUUGGACAUCCUGUGGGUUUUAUGCUGCGAGCACGAUCCAUUAUGCUAUCUUGAAAAGCUUUGUGAUGGAGGAUGUGCCGCCUGCCAUAGAACGACUGGUUUGGUUCAGUCGUUUGGUAGACUUGCACUUGGAAUUGGUGAGCACUUACCUUGUCAUGCUCUCGACACCAUCUCAACUUGGCAUCGUGUCUGCAGAUUGACACCCCCGGUCAAGAAGCACUGAAUCCAGUGUCACUUGUGGCGCUCGCAGCAGAUACAAAUCUUCAAGGCACAGAAAAAGAUAGGCUUGAAG